AUGUCGAGCACGAACCUCGUCAAGCUCCCCUUCACCCUCACCCCGCUCAUGAGCGUGGUUCUAGCCGUUGCAGCCCUCCUGAUCGGGCUGGCGAUCGAGCUAUCUCGCCGGCGCGCCUCAUACGCCCAUCUGCCGCCCGGCCCCAAGCCACACCCACUUACAGGCAACGUUCAUCCGUCAAAGUAUCCAUGGCGCUCAUUCUACCAACUCUCCAAGACGUACGGCCCAGUUAUUACCGUGUGGGCCGGCACACGGCCACAGGUAAUCCUCAACGACAUGGCUAGUGCGACGUUCUUCCUGGACAAGCACUCGCGGGACACAUCCGACCGCCCCCCGCAUUGGGCCUACAUCUCGAGCGGGAAGCGCAUGGUCCUCCAGCGCCACGGCGAGCGGUGGCGCCGUAUGCGCCGUGCCCUCCACUCUCUCCUGCAACCCGCACAGUCCGCCGAACUCCGCCCAUACCAGGAGAAGGCUGCGCGUGGGGUCGUGCUGGACAUGUUGAACGGCGGUACGUACCAGGACCACAUUUCGACAUAUGCCGCGACGAUCGUCGUGCACAUGGCCUAUGGACGGACGGACAGGGCCCACUACUCGGACCCAGACAUUGCGGGGAUUGUCGAGAACGGUGACCGGCUCGGCCAACUCCUCCGCCCAGGCGAGUACCGGCUCGACGCAUUCCCGUGGCUCCGCUUCGUGCCGGGAUAUAUGAGCAAGAUGAACCGCUGGAACGCCGAGGAGCUUGUCCUCUUCCGGACCGCUCUCGACGGCGUUCGGAACGGACGCAACAACGGUCGCGUGCCCUGCUUCGGCACGUAUUUGCUGGACAGGCAGAAGGAGCUCGAACUGAACUACGACGAGGUCGCUUAUCUCUGUGGCAGCGUAUUUGGCGCUGGGUCCGACACGAGUAGCGCCGCCAUCCAGAUCGUGAUCAUGGCUGCGGCUACACAUCCGGAAUGGCAGGCUCGCGUCCAGGCCGAACUGGACAGCGUGACGGGUGACCAACCGCCUGGAUUCGAUGAUCUCGACCAGGACUCGGUGCCACUCCUCCACGCCUUUAUUGCAGAGAGUGUUCGCUGGCGCCCCGUCUCGGCUGGCGGGUUCACCCACCGCACGACAGCGCCAGUCGUGUAUGGCGAAUACGUCGUGCCCUCCGGUACCCUCAUCACCGGUAACCACUGGGCGAUCCACCGAGACGAGGGAUACUAUGGUCCCAACGUUGAGGAAUUCAAACCCGAACGUUGGCUCAAGGACGGCGAGUUCAACAAGUCGAUGAAGCACGUGCAGUACGGCUUUGGCCGACGAGUCUGUCCCGGUCAACACGUCGCGAACAACAGCGUGCUCAUCAACUCGGCGCUGCUUCUCUGGGCGUUCAACAUCACUGAAUCCCUGGACAAGAAUGGCAAGCCGAUCCCGAUCGACACCCUGGCAUUCACCAACACGGCCAACUCUCACCCUCUCAAGUUUGACGUCAAGUUCACGCCGCGCCACGCGCAUCUUGCAGACCUCGUCCGCGGCGACUACCUCUAG